CGACAUCGUUUUGUUUUCACCCGAAGUUUUAGCAUCAAAAAUAGUGAAAUUUUUGCAGAACGAAACAAUUUUCUUCACUUUUGUUUGGUUUUUAUGGAAAUUUGUCGAGUUUGUGAUGAAUUUAUUGUGCGCGAUAGCGGAAAUUAGUGUAGUGCGUGGGUAAUUUUGUUGGGGAAGUUGGGAAUUAAGCGGAAAAUCAGCAGCGAGAUUCGCGCUGCAUCUGUGGCUGUGGUUGGUUGGUGGGGAAGUGAUUCAUCGUAGGUAGCGAACUGUGGACCAUCAGAGCUGGGAACGACGGAACAAAGCCGUGGUGAACGAGCGAACAACCCUUUGGCAGCAGCAGCAGCCUCAGAUGGAUGGACACAUAAACAUUGACCAUCCGCCGACGGUUGGGAGCGGUAGUGGACUGGGCGCUGGGGUGGGGCCUGGCGCUGGUGGCGGCGAUUCGACCGAUGGACGUGGCUCGUCGCGGAAGCGCUGGCAGAGAAUGCCACAGGAUGGUCCCGGGGCGCAUCCGUCCUAUGGGACAAACGAUUCCGUCCCCAACGUAACGAUACGAGAUCCGAGCAGUCGCGGUGCAAAUCCUCCGCGGCCACCCGGAGGAGGUGAUGGUCCGUCUGGAUCGGCGGCGGCAGCCGCCCGGCAACGCGAGGAGGAAGAAGAAGGACUCAAAUACGGUGCCCAGCACGUCAUAAAGCUGUUCGUCCCGGUGACCCUAUGCAUGGUGGUCGUGGUGGCCACAAUCAGUUCUAUCAACUUCUACUCCACCAAAGAUGUGUACCUGGUGUACACACCGUUCCACGAGCUGUCCGACGACACCACGACCAAGAUCUGGAACGCGCUGGCCAACUCGAUGAUCCUGAUGACUGUGAUCGUGAUCAUGACAAUACUGCUGAUCGUGCUGUACAAGAAGCGCUGCUACAAGAUCAUCCACGGGUGGCUGAUCAUGUCCUCGCUGAUGUUGCUCUUUCUGUUCAGCUAUCUGUACCUGGAGGAGGUGCUGCGGGCGUACAACAUUCCGUUCGACUAUCCGACGGCGCUGCUGCUGAUGUGGAACUUCGGGGUGGUCGGGAUGAUCUCGAUCCACUGGCAGGGACCGCUGAGGUUACAGCAGGGCUAUCUGAUCUUUAUUGCCGCCUUGAUGGCGCUGGUCUUCAUCAAGUAUCUGCCCGAGUGGACCACCUGGGUGGUGCUGGCUGUGAUUUCUAUUUGGGAUUUAAUUGCGGUUCUAACGCCCAAAGGACCCCUCCGAAUUCUGGUGGAAACGGCCCACGAACGGAACGAGCAAAUCUUCCCGGCGUUGAUUUACUCUUCAACCAUCAUGUACUCGUACAUGGGAACGCACUCGGACCCGAGUGAGGAAGCUCUCACCCGGAACAGUGGCGAACGGGCCAUUGGCACCGGUGGUGCAGGCGGCACUGGCGGCGUUGGUCUUGGCGGUUAUGGAACGACGGCUUCUCCGGUGCACGCGACGGGAGCGCCACAGACGGCGGCGACGACGUCACCAACGUCACCGAGCAACCCUGAAGGUACGCCACUGGUUACGUAUCGGGUAAAGUCCGGUUCGCGUGGUGCCGAGCAUGCAGCGGAUCAAUCCGGCGGUUUCACCCAGGAAUGGAGCAACAGCAGCGAUCAACGCGUGGCCCGACGGCAGAUCGAAGUCCAGGCCAACAUCGCCGGCAAUCCGAACCGGCCGGAAUACCGCACGGUGACGGCCGAUCGCGAUCCCAGGGCGACCGGUGACUCCCAGCAGGUCCCGCUGUACGAGCAAGCCGAAGAGCGUGGUAUCAAGCUCGGACUGGGCGAUUUCAUCUUCUACUCGGUGUUGGUCGGCAAAGCGUCCAGCUACGGCGACUGGAACACAACCAUUGCCUGCUUCGUGGCCAUUUUGGUGGGUCUCUGCCUGACGUUGCUCCUGUUGGCCAUCUUCCGGAAGGCCCUGCCGGCGCUGCCGAUCUCAAUCUUCUUCGGACUGAUAUUCUGCUUCGUGACCAGCGUCAUCGUGAAGCCCUUCACCGAGGCGCUCGCAUCCGAGCAGGUGUUCAUUUAGUUGGGUGUUCCGCUAGGGCGAAGACACCGACGUGACGGUUGGAACCCGUGUUGCUUUUUUACUGCUUAUCCUACCCCGAUAAUAUUCCUGGCUACUUUAUAAGCACUAGUACUCUACUAUAACUACUUCAAAGUGUAAGCGAAACAAAGUGUCCAACUGUGAGCGAUAACAAGUGACUAUACAAGAGAAACUCUCAUAUUAUUACCGUAAAAUGUAGCGUCGUAAGCAAAGCAAAUAUUAAUCUAGAGAAGAAAUUAACACACAUUUCAUCGAUUUUAAAUCAGCAAAAGUUGAACUGUUUUUUGUACAAUUCAUCAUCAUCAUUAGAAUUCGCCUCUACUCUACUGAUAGGGAAUCCCAUUUGCGAAACAAUAAAAACUCUAAAUAUUCAAACAA